AUGCCUGAGGCGUAUAUUGUGCGGUUUAAGGUGAUCACGCUGGAGUGCGCCUCGCUGCCGAACGGGCAGCAGUACACCAUCACUUACCGCCGCCGCGAGACGUGCCGGUCGACGCCGUGCUACGCGGCGGAUGGCGGGGUGGUGGACUUCAGUUCGAUGCCGGAGGGCAGUGCGAUUGUGCACUUCAAGCCCGGCGGCGUGCGGUUCCACCCAAAGUGGAUCACCUUCCGCAUCGAGGAGUUCGUGCGCGGGCAGCCCCGCAAGACGGUCGCGGAGACGCAGUUGGACUGCGCCGCGGUGCUCGGCGUCCACAACAUCACCGCCGCCACGACGCGCCGCGUGAGUUUCGACAUGUACGGCACGCCGGCGGUGAUGGUCGUGGCGCUGCUGGUGUACCCGAACGGCCACCCGCCGCUCUCCUUCGCCGGCAUCGUCCCCGACAAAAACAGCGCGAGGGCCGGCGGCGAGGGGGAGCGGCGGCUGAGGGCCGGCGGCGGCGAAGUGAAGAAGUUCACACGCGGCGAGGCCAUGACGCUCCUCAUCUCACUCGAAACGAUGCUCGAGCGGCGGCGCGCAGAGACGGCGGCAGGCGGCAGCGCACAGGCGGAGUCGCCGCUGCAGCGACGAGUGGCGGAGUUGGAGGAGCGCCGCCGCUGCAUUACGGGCGUGGAGGGAAUGGCCACCACCGUCGUCACGAAGCGCGUGGUGGAUCUCGUCGCCGCACAGUUUGUUGCCCUCUCGCGCAAAUACCGUGGGAAUUACGUUGGCGAGGUCGCCGCCUAUCUGCGACAAAUGGCAGUCGCAAGUGGAAUUCCACUCACCGCCGACAUCUCCACAGAGACAACACUAGACGUAGAAGCCGCACGAGAGCGACUGCAGCGCAUUAAUGGUCGUAUAGAUACACUGGUGGAGCAGACGCGGAAGUUGGAAGAAGAGCGGGAGGCUCUCGGACGACUGCAGGGACGUGCCGAUGUAACAAAUGAAGUGUGUGCCAUUUUAACAAAAUUAGAGACACUGCAAUCGCAGAUGCAACUCUUGAUUAAGUCACGUGUGGCACUGGAAGACGCCGUACGGGGGAAUGGUUUCAAUGAUACACCCGUUGGACGGGAAGUACAAGAGAUUCGUGCUCGCAUUAAGUUACUUGCAGGAGAAGAAGAACAAUUACAGGGAAGAAUACGACGGAUGACAGCUGUUGCGGCUACACAUGUACUAAAGUGGGCUCGCAGCAAGAAUCCACCCAAAGAAGAUGUUCGAGCAGAUUUUUCAAGUCUCUUUGCUCCUAUUACCCAACAGGAGAAAGAUAUACAAAAAGACCUCACUACAGAGCAACGACAGAAAAUUAUGGAAGCCUUAUCAAACGUUGCCAAACCCUCUGCUCCACCUGUUCAUUCCCAUACUUCAAGCGAAAUGGAAGAAUCACCAAGAAAUCCCCAUGCGGAGAUGUUUGGAGCCAAAGGUUUACCAUCUAUGAAUGACUUUGCUGCUUCAGAGAAGAAUGCAUCACGUGAUGCUGAAGAAAAAGGUAGUCCAUCCUCACCAUCACCACCACCUAAUCAACACCUAGACCCAUAUAUUCAUGAUUUGGGAAGAGAUAUGUUUGCGCCCAAGUCAGGGGGAGAGGAUCAAGAAAAUAAAAAGAAUAAACCAUCAAAGACUUAUGAGUUUAAUUUUGGUUCCGCACCAGAUGAUGAAAGUGACCCAGAUGAUGCGAAAGGAGAUCGAUACGGAAUGUUUGGAGCAAACGUGCAAGAGAGUUCGCCAGAUACGAGUGAAGGUUUACCUGCUGUUCAAAUCACUUCCAUCGAUGAUGAUCCCAUGUAUGAUUUCCGACCACCAGCUGAUGUUACCAAUAAUAAACCUGUUUUAUUUGAGAUUAAUGAGUCCUCAUUUUCCCAGCCCUUCGAGCAGGCGACAUCAUCAAAGCUACCUGCCUAUACCUUUACUACCGAUGUAAACAAGUUCAGCGAGUCCGAUGACGGCACUCCACGGGUGUUGCCAACGUACAACUUUGGUUCUGACAAUGCAUCGAAAAGUAAUGAGAACAACACAGUGACGCGCAUGCCGACAUACAACUUUGGUAGCUAA